AUGACGUCUUCUUGUCACUGCUCAUAAGAUGAGAUAAUGUCAGCUCAUUGGUCUUAAACUAGAAACCUACAGUUUGAUUCUGGCACUGAGGUUCAACCCAGGGCAGGCCGGGUGUUUGCAACAUGAGAAAGCUCGGGUGUGAACAUCAUCAUAAUGCUCUCAGCCUUUUCAGUAGGAAGUGAGCAGACAAAAUCAAAGCAUUAGCAAAGUGUGUUCUCUUCUUAUGGCUCAAUUUCUCUCACUGUGCAGGUACCUGCUGUUUUCUCAGAUCUAAGCACUGAUGACGGCCUCCACUCGCAGGACGGUGUUGUCGCUGUACAUGCGGGUGUUUCGCAUCGCCCGAACCUGGCAGGCACAGAGCGGAGUUGCAAAUGACACAGAGACUGAGAGAAAAUACAUCAUUCAGGAGGCCCGCUCUCUGUUCAGACAGAACCAGCAAUUGGCAGAUCCAGGAUCAAUAAAGAAGUGCAUAGAAGAAUGUGAAGCAAGGAUAGAAAUAGGUCUGCAUUACAGGAACCCAUAUCCACGGGCUAAAGGCAGGAAGCUGCGAGCACAGCAGCGCCUGAGGAAGCAGGCCAAGCCAAUUUACUUACAGUCACAUGACGAGACCUGAUGCUCGAUAUCCUUGAUCCUAGCCAAGAGUUCAAGUUACCAGGGACAGAAAACUAGAGUGCAGUCACAAGCUGAUCUCGUGGGCUGAGUUGUUGUAAGCACUCAAUGGUGCAAGAUUGCUCCGUCAUACAGGAAAACGCCAUUUUUCAUUGUUAUGUUUUUUUAACACAAGUUCUUAUUCCAGCUGAAGAGUGUCAGCUUCUGUUGCAGCUCAGGAAUGCAGUCAGUAUGGUGUGUCCUGUAAUGAGAUCAAGUUGUAUUAUUUGUAGAUUUUAUUUAUUAUUCUGUGUAAAAAUGUGUAAUAAACACUUAUUUUUUCAGUAUAAAUGUGGUCCUGUAAAGAUACAA